AUGCGUUCUCGACCUGCUUGCGGACCUUUUGUCAAUUUAUACAUUGGUAUCAGAGUUUGGCAACAUCGCUCACCUUUUAUUGUUCAAAUUAGUGGUGCAAUUGCCUCAGCCUUCGGUGUUUCCACCGCGAUUUUCGCUGUUUUCUUCUUUGGCGAGGUCCCCCGUGUCCGAAAGGAUAUCUUGAUGAAGAUUCCCAUCAUUGGUGGAUACUGGGAACGAAGCAUCCCUCCUGAAGAUAACCGGUAUUUCUCCUCAGGGGAGUAG